AUGCCUCAAAGGAAAUCCCACCACGAACGGACCGAGGACUUUAGACUGGCACGUCUCCCCGAUGAAAAGCUCGACGGCUUCUAUGGCGCCAUCAAGGUUACCAUUCGAGCAGCCUCAGAAAAGAAGCUUGAAUUCACCCAUGCGCCUGGCGAGCUUACCCCAGAAACUGUCUUCGUUAGGCGCAUGGGUACCCUGCGUCGCUCAGGGACCUUUGACCUGCCGGGCUAG